GUAGGGCAGGGAUCAGAGUGGCAGCAGGUGAGGGGGCUGAUUGACAGAGGGCUCCAGGCAAGGACAGAAGCCAGGAGCAACAGGCGGGGACGGCCUCACACGCCUCCAGGCGAGACCAGGCUAGAUCGCUUGAAGAUGCCCGCGGGUCCCGGGACACCCGCCUCGCCGGGAGCACCAGCGAGCGCCUCGGACCGGGACUCAUCGGGGCCCCCAGAUUGCCCGCCCUCCCCGCUCCUGACUCGGGGGUCCCCGGAAUCCCCGGCCCCUCGACAGGCCGCGGUCCGCGCCAGCGUUCCGCAAAAGCUGGCGGAGACGCUGAGCAGCCAGUACGGGCUGAACGUGUUCGUGGCGGGGCUGCUGUUCCUGCUGGCCUGGGCGGUGCACGCCGCGGGCGUGGGCAAGCGGGACCUGCUCUGCUUCCUCACGGCGCUCAUGCUGCUGCAGCUGCUCUGGAUGCUGUGGUACGUGGGCCGCAGCUACGCGCAGCGCCGCCUCAUCCGCCCCAAGGACGCGCACGCCGGGGCGCGGUGGCUCCGCGGAAGCAUCUCACUGUUUGCCAUCAUCACCGUCAUCCUGGGGUGCUUCAAAGUUGGCUACUUCAUUGGAUUUUCCGAGUGUCUUUCGGCCAUGGAAGGCGUUUUCCCUGUCACACACGCGGUGCACACUCUGCUGCAGGUGUAUUUUCUCUGGGGACAUGCCAAGGAUAUCAUCCAGUCUUUCAAAACUCUGGAAAGGUUCGGGGUGAUCCACUCUGUGGUCACCAACCUGCUCCUCUGGGCCAACAGCGUCCUGAACGAGUCCAAGCACCAGCUGAACGAGCACAAGGAGCGGCUCCUCACUCUGGGCUUCGGGAACAUAACCUUAGUCCUGGACGACCACACGCCGCAGUGCAACUGCACGCCGCCCGCGCUGUGCCCGGCCGUGUCGCGCGUCAUCUACUACCUGUACCCCUUCAACAUCGAGUACCAGAUCCUGGCCUCCACCAUGCUCUACGUCCUGUGGAAGAACGUGGGCCGCAGGGUGGACAGCCCCGCGCGCCCCGAGAUGCGGUUCCAGUUCAGCCGGGGGAUGGCGGGCGCGGCGCUGGGCCUGGGCGUGCUGGCGGCCACCAUCGGGGUGGUGGCCGUGUACCUGGUCCACAUCGGGCGCUCCAGGACCCAGAGCGAGUGGGCGCUGGUGCUCUUCUACCUGUCGGCCACCAGCCUGCUGACCCUCAUGGGCGCCGCGGGGCUGCUGGGAAUCUGGGUCUGCAGGAUGGACGAGCAGUCGCUGGAUGAGUCCAAAAACCCGGCCCGCAAGCUGGACGCGGACCUCCUGGUGGGCACGGCCUCGGGCUCCUGGCUCAUCUCCUGGGGCUCCAUCCUGGCCAUGCUCUGCGCCACCACCCGCCCGCGCUACACCUGGUUCAACCUGCCCUACUCGGCCCUGGUGAUCGCCGAGAAGUACAUCCAGAACCUCUUCAUCAUCGAGUCGGUCCACCGCGAGCCCCAGCCGCUCCGCGAGGACAUCCGCACGCUCCGCGUGGUGGCCGUCUGCAGCGGCGGCACCUCCUCCCUGGCCUCUUCGGGCCCCCGGAGGGGAGCCGCGGCCGGGGCGGUCAACGGGAGUCUGCAGCCCGGUUGCGGCAAAGAGGAAGAGGAGGGGGGCCGCCCGCCUCGCGAACCUCGUGUCCUGCAGGGCAGCACCAGGAGGAGCGUCUUGAGGAAUGUGGCCGUCUUCCUGUUCCUCUGCAACAUCUCGCUUUGGGUACCUCCCGCCUUUGGCUGUCGCCCCGAGUACGACAACGGACUGGAGGAAGUCGUCUUUGGCUUCGAACCCUGGAUAAUUGUGGUCAACCUGGCCAUGCCGUUUUCUAUUUUCUAUCGAAUGCACGCGGCUGCCUCUCUCUUCGAAGUCUAUUGUAAGAUCUAGUCUGGUCCACACAGGAUUGGGGUCCAGCUGGCGGGGCAGUGCCCGGGGCCACCUGGGAAUGGCCGGGCUGGGCAAACAUGGCCUGACUAACCGAGGAGGCGCCUUUGUCUGCGUGAUUGUGUGUCUUGUGGGCAAACAAUCAGAUCAAAGCCUGCGAGGAGGCCCAGAUCCAUCCUCGGUUAGUUGAUUCUAGUCAAACCCAAAUCAUUUUAUUUCCUUCUGAGUGAAACCCUCUAUUUUAGAAAAAUGUGAUCUUAGGUUGGGAAAAAAAUGUCAAAACAAAAUGCACAGUUUGUUUUUCAUAAAAAGCACUUCCUGUUUGUGAUUUAUCAGUGACCACUUACAGCCUUAUUAUUGACCAUCUAUCCGCAGAGCAACCACUUCAAUUUUGUCCUCAGAGCUGAUUGAAUGUAGCUACAGACACGUUUGGUUAAUAUUUUAGUUUCUGAGUAGGUCUAAUUUUUGAACAAAAUUACUUCGAUCACCUGGAUGGAAAUUUGUGUAUAGGUUAAUGUAAAGACACAUUCCUUACCUGAAAUUUUGUGAUCAUUUUGACGUAUUUUAAAAAAUAAAGUUCACUCUUUUUUAUUUCACUAUAAAUGUGUAUAUGUUUAUUAUAGCAAAGUUGGACACU